GGAGCGACAGUAAAGGCAAAGCGCAAGAACCGGAGGGGUAUAGCUAGGGUGGUGGAGUGUUGAUGGAGAUGCCGCAGUCCGUCCAGUCAGAAAGCUGAGUGGCCGCAACCACCAUCGUCACCUUACAGCGCACGCCGGUACCAACAAGCACCCUGCACGCCGUUGAAGCCGCCUACGACCGCCGUGUACCUACCACAGAGCCAGAAUACAUGCCGACAGCCCCAGACCACCCGCGCGCACUCAAAACCCCACGGGCGCCCCGCCCUAGCCUUUCAUGACGCCGCCGCAAGAUGCCAUGCCCAAGCCCCCAAACUUCCCGCAGAAUGUAGAAGCCUCCGCCAUACUACCCAAGCAGCGCGCGUCGCCUGCGUCUUCUCUGGCGUCGCUGCCCUAUCGCCGGUCGAACCCGAGCCUCUCCAAGCUAUUCGAAUCGACCACGAGCAUCUCGACCCCUAGCAACUCGCGCCCUAGCUCGGGUACCGCGACACCGACUGCAUCCACCGUACCUGGCUCUGUCUUCUCGCCCGGAUCACGGUCUGGUGGAACAAGAACGCCUACCAGUCUGCCGCCAGGCGUGUCAGACGAGUACCGGACGCUCAUACAGCGCGCAUUCGUGCCACAUAUUGCAGUAUUGGCAGAUGCUGAGACCGAGGCGUUGAUCAGGGGCAAGGGGCUGGACGGCGGUUUCUUGGAGCUACUGAGGCCUUUUGGAGAGCAGGUACCCGGCAAGGUAACCAUAAGAGAUAGCAUUGGCGCAAGCAAGAGCCAUGACGACUUUGGUGUACGCUUCGUAGGUGUUGAAGAUGCAUACCCGGACCUGCGAGGUGGUCAGAGAGCAUCUGCAGAGCCCACACGGCGGCCACGGCGUACAGGCGGAGACGUACCGCAGAUAGAGGAAGUGGUGGACCGACACUUGCAGUAUUCGGAGUUCAAUCGUCAGGAUCCGAAUACAGACUACAUGAACAAGAGAGAGCCAGCUGCGCACACCGAGGACGCUGGAUCACCGUUCUACACCCUCUACCUGCGGCGACUGCUCUCAGGUCUACCAAUCGUGCCCCACGAAACAUUUGCACACCCUGUGGCUGGCAUAAUAGCGAUCAGCUCGUCAAACCCACAUCCAAUUGAAGAGCUGCGAAGGCUGUACAACAGACAGCAUGAUGGGGAUCUGCGCUUUCCGCAAUGGGUGGAGAAUGACUUUCUGCGGUACUACGUUCUUGUGCACGAUGAAGAGAACGGGGAUAUCGCAAAGUCAAAUCAAACGUUCGACUCGAUGAAACGACAUUUCGGUCUGCAUUGUCACCUACUUCGACUCAAGAGUCAGGAAUGCAUACCAUCAGACGACGACAGCGUGCGGUUACCAACUUGCGAAUGGAUGUCUGCUGGUGAAGAGCUAGCAGAGAUCCAGAAGCGAGAAACCACAGACGACAUCACCGACCCAACACCGUACUUCCCUGACUCUGACAUCAGCAGCCUGCGAACUUUCAUCCGUGAGCUCGUCACCCAAUCUAUAAUACCCAACAUGGAGCGCAGCGUGGCAACCUGGAACGAGCAAAUCCUCUCCCGCCGCCGUGGUUUGUCAGGCCGCUUCAUGUCCCUCUCCAAGCGCUGGACACCCUUUGGCAGCUCCCGCAACAGCGCCUCUGCCUCUCCCUCCUCAAACUCCAACUACGACAGCCUCCAAGGCUUCUACCGCCCCGACGCGCCCGAAGCCAUCAUGCGGCGACUCGCAGACUACUGCUUCAUGCUGCGCGACUGGAAACUCGCACUCUCCACCUACGACAUCCUGCGCAUCGACUUCCAAAAUGACAAAGCCUGGCGGCACUACGCAGGAGCAAGCGAAAUGGCCGCUCUAUCCGCGCUCAUGGUGCCAACACCCAUGAGCUCGAAGAACCGGUCCGAGAACAUAGAUGCCUGGAUCGAAGCCGCAUCGUACUCCUACACCGACCGCCAGCGCAGCGCAGCGCCCUACUACGCCCUCCGCACCCUCGCCCUCUCCACCGAACUGCUCCGCCUACGAGGCUCCAGUGCCGCCGACGACGCCGCGCGCUGGGGGACCCGCAUCCUCGAGACAGGUCUCGUAGGCAAUAUCGGCCACGCGCUGGUCACAGAGCGCAUAUCAGCCUGCUACAGCAUACGCACGGGCAUCGGGAUAUACCGGCUCGGCAACCGACGGAGGAAGGCUGCGCUCUGGGCGGUGCUGGCCGCGGAGGCGUGGUGGCGGUUGGAGCGCAGUCAGCAGGCGGAGGAGUGUCUUGAUAAUGCGCUACGGCUGUACAAUACACGCGCGGAGACGAGGGAUGGUGGGGCGGUGAAAUUGCCGUUUGAGGAGAUGCAGAGGUUUGUUGAUGAGUCGAGACAGCAGAUUCUGGGCUUAAGGUUAACGAAUCAGGGGUUCAUUGAAGGGCGGGAUGAGGAAGAGGGGGGUGAGAAGGGAGAAGGGGAGGUUGAGGAGGUCGCUGAGACGCUGGAUAAGAGUCCACGGGCGCACAGGAAGAGCUUGCUAAACCCGGUACAAGGAGGAGAUGCGGGACCGCUCAGUCCGGUACUGGAGAGGGGUGAGAAGAGCGAUCCUCUUGCUGAGGGGUUUGAGUGA